AUGUCCUCCCUACUGGUGACCGACCAGACGCAGAUGAUGAUUUCCAGUCGGAGUCGGAGGAAACAGACAGUGAAACGGAGUCAAAACCUGUACAAUUCUGCGGCCGGCCUCAGGAAGAAAACAAAAUGGGAUAUCUUCAAAGAAAAUUCCAACGAAGCAGCAAGUGUAUCAGACGAUCAAAAAUGGCGAAAUGCUUACGUCAUGUUGACUGUUACACUUUGCUGUUUCUUCUUUAUCAUCGUCCUGGCAACUGCAACCCUGUCGAAGCUGACCUUUCUCUUGAUGACAUACAACAUUUACCCACGUGAUAACUUCACAUUUGAAUAUAACAAUGAAACAUAUACUUUAAAAUCGCACGAUCACGUGAUCGAAGUGAAGUGGGUAUGGGCGUUGCUGAUGGCGAUAUGUGCUCCAUAUUUGUUCACAGCAUGUUCCUGUUUGUGGAGGCUGAUAUUCAAGAAAACAGGAAAACUAAAAUUUGUUCCUCUGCUGAUGGCUAUGAUUGCAGAGACUCUCCACACGAUUGGCUUGUGUCUCCUAGUUUUUUACGUCAUACCCAGCUUCGAUCCACUGAUUGGCGCUCUCCUGUUGACCAACGUAGCGUUCGUCCCGGCUGUUUUGAAAAUAUUCGAGUCUAACGUCGACCGACAUGGCUAUGAUGCCUUGCAGUCCAGCAAAAAAGAGUCGUCUUGUAAAAAGGCUUGGGGAACCGUCAUGGAUGUAGUCAUGGCAACAUUACACGCAGGAGUAAUGGGCGUCUGGUCUUACAAAGCGUACGUGGAAAUGAACGAUUUAAUCUUGACCGUCCUCAUCCCAGUUUCCCUCAUCUUGACGUCUGUAUCUUGGUGGGACAAUUAUGUGCAUACUCCAAAGAUGAAGGGAAAGAAAACGAAAUCCACAAUGAACGGAUACACGAAAGGAAAGGGAAUAGAACCCGUGGAGAACGGACACAUGAAAGGAAAGGAAACAGAACUCGCGCAUAACGGACACACAAAGCCCAUUAACCAAGAUGAACUGAAAGGUAACAUUUUGGCCAGACUCAAAAAGUCCAUCAGAAAGCGAUGCACCAAGAUCUAUCUGAUCACUUCAGUAUGGAAGAUCAUCCUGACGAUGGCUAUCCCAGCAGUGUUCCUGUCACUGGGCAGCAAAGGAUGUCUGGAGAUUUUCUUCUUCAUUAAUAGUGAUGUUCAGGAAAAGUGCUCGCCUUUUGAAAACAUCACGCUGAAAAACAGGAAUCCUGACAUGCUGCCAUUAAUCAUUGCAUCAAUGAACAUCCUGUUCAGCAUCGUCUGCUACAAGGCAGGGAAGUCCGCCUGCAAGAUCUUGGCACAGGUAAAACACGCUGGUUUAAGAUGUCCAAGGACGUAA